AGAUUCAUCGCUCGCUCUCCGCCGCCUACCUGCCAGAGCGCACUCUGGGUCAGCCCUACAGCGAGGUCGCGUUGCCGGGCGGCUGUCGCGGGCGGGGCAGGGUCACUAACAUUUAGGCUUGGCCAUUAGCCAGGUUCGGCUCGUGCAGAAUCUGCCAACACGAAUCUGACAACAGCUUCCGCUUCCGGGAAGUCUCGGGUGCUGACGUCACUUCCACCAACAACAGCGACGUCAAAACUAAGGAACGAGAAGGGGGCGGCGGCGGCGGCGCCGCAGGAGGGUUUUUAUCUUCUUCUCUCCCCCCUCCCUCCCCCCCAGUACGCGGGGUUUCCUGAGUUCGUUCCCAGCCGGCGAGGUUCACGCACCGACUCGGCUCGUCGCGGCGGCGGUUGGAAUCGGAGCUUGGGAGAGUUCCAGCAAUAUCCUCAGCACUGUACAAUGUGCAAAAACAAAGAUCAUCCCUGCUUCAAAGAACUACAGUUCAGAAGAUAUUCUCAGAGGACAGGGUCACUGGAUAUAUACACUGGCUCGCAGAUGGGUCAGGGGCUGUGGAGAGUGGCUAGGAACCAGCAGCUGCAACACCAAGGAUACAGUGGGCAAGGCUAUCUCACCAGGGAGCAUGGCAGAAGAUUAGCUACUAACAGCAUUUCAAACACAAACCACCGUAAACAAGCCCAAGGAGGAAUUGACAUCUACCAUCUGUUGAAAACAAGAAAAUCUAAAGAACAAGAAGGAUUCAUUAACCUGGAAAUGCUGCCCCCUGAGCUUAGUUUUACCAUUUUGUCAUACCUGAAUGCAACAGACCUCUGCCUGGCUUCUUGUGUCUGGCAGGAUCUUGCUAAUGAUGAGCUUCUCUGGCAAGGGCUAUGUAAAUCCACGUGGGGACACUGCUCUAUAUACAAUAAGAAUCCGCCUCUAGGAUUUUCUUUUAGAAAAUUGUAUAUGCAGCUGGAUGAGGGCAGUCUCACCUUUAAUGCCAACCCUGAUGAGAUGUCCUUUGUUUUGUCUCAGGGAGUUAACUACUUUAUGUCCAAGGGUAUAUUGGAUGAUUCACCAAAGGAAAUAGCUAAGUUUAUCUUCUGUACAAGAACACUAAAUUGGAAGAAAUUGAGAAUCUAUCUUGAUGAAAGGAGAGAUGUUUUGGAUGACCUUGUGACACUGCACAAUUUCAGAAAUCAGUUCUUGCCAAAUGCACUGAGAGAGUUUUUCAGACACAUUCAUGCCCCUGAGGAGCGAGGGGAGUAUCUUGAGACUCUUAUAACAAAGUUCUCACACAGAUUUUGUGCUUGUAAUCCUGAUUUGAUGAGAGAACUUGGCCUUAGUCCUGAUGCAGUUUAUUUACUAUGUUACUCUUUGAUUCUGCUUUCCAUUGAUCUUACCAGCCCUCAUGUGAAGAACAAAAUGUCAAAGAGAGAAUUCAUCCGAAACACACGACGUGCUGCUCAGAACAUUAGUGAAGAUUAUGUAGGGCACCUUUAUGACAACAUCUACCUUAUUGGCCAUGUGGCUGCCUAAAAGCACAAUUUGCUAGGACUUAGAAUUUAUAGUUUACAAAAACUAAAGCUACCCACGGAAUUAAUUAUUUUGUAGAUAUGGGGGUUAUAUUAGUGCUGGUCAUUCUAACCUCUGUAUACAAUCACAAUGUGUGUUGUAUGUACUACCUUUUUUAGCAAUUUACCAUGGGAACCGAAGGAUUUUGCAGAGUUUUUUCUUAAUUUUGUUUAUGUUUUGCACAAAGCCGUGCCAUUAGUCUGACACAGCCAUUUACGAAUGUUAAACUGACAUUACAGUCUAAAGCUGACAAGAUGGUGAAUUUGUGCACUAGAUUUGCUUGAAAACUUUAACCAGUUCCAUUCUUUUUUAAAAUACCAUGUAAUGUGUACAUAUUUAACUAAAGAGAUUUAUAAUCAUUAUUUUAUUGUAAAAUAUUUUAACUAAAGUUUUUCCU